CACAGCUGGCUUUGGCCCUGGCUUCGCGGCGUAGACGGACCAGGACUUUAGGCAGAGGAAUUAUCAGCCUGCUGGUGCUUCUAGAUGAACCGAAAGCAGAUUUAAGCAAAUUGCCAACAGGGAUUGUCUUUGGUUUUUGUGCUUUGUAGCUGCCCUCAAAUUCCUUUCGUACCUCCUCUUACUAUAAAAACUGCAUUUGAAUCUUCAAAAAUGAAGCAGUUGAAAAGAAAAAGGAAAAGCAAUUUCAGUGUUCAAGAAACUCAAACCCUUUUGAAAGAAAUUACAAAAAGGAAAGAAGUUAUUUUUUCCAAGCAGCUCAAUACAACAAUUAAUGUGAUGAAACGGAUGGCCUGGGAGGAGAUAGCGCAGUGUGUGAACGCUGUUGGGGAAGGAGAGCAGAGGACUGGGACGGAGGUAAAGAGGAGAUACCUCGACUGGCGAGCGCUGAUGAAGAGGAAGAGGAUGAAGGCAAACAUUAAGUUGGUUGGUUCGGGAUUUCCUCUUCCCACAUCGGAUUUAGAUGACUCUCUCACAGAAGAGAUAGAUGAAAAGAUUGGAUUCCGAAAUGAUACAAAUUUUGACUGGCAAAAUGUGGCAGAUUUCAGGGAUGCAGGUGGAUCGUUAACUGAAGUCAAAGUGGAAGAGGAAGAAAGAGACCCCCAGAGUCCUGAGUUUGAGAUUGAAGAGGAAGAAGAAAUGCUGUCAUCAGUCAUACCCGAUUCCAGAAGGGAAAAUGAACUUCCGGAUUUCCCCCACAUCGAUGAGUUUUUCACUCUUAACUCAACACCAUCAAGGUCUGCAUAUGACGAGCCCCAUUUGCUUGUCAACAUAGAGAAACAGAAACUGGAGUUGGAGAAGCGACGCCUGGAUAUCGAGGCUGAGAGACUGCAGGUGGAAAAGGAGCGCCUGCAGAUUGAGAAGGAGAGGCUGCGGCACCUCGACCUGGAGCAUGAGCGGCUGCAGCUGGAGAAGGAGCGGCUGCAGAUCGAGAGAGAGAAGCUGCGUUUGCAGAUUGUCAGCGCAGAGAAGCCAUCUUUGGAAAGCGAACUCGGCCCAGGAGAGAAGUCCAUACUUCAGCCGCAGGACAUAGAAACAGAGAAGUUAAAACUUGAGCGAGAACGAUUGCAGCUGGAAAAGGAUAGGCUGCAGUUCUUGAAAUUUGAGUCGGAGAAGCUACAGAUUGAAAAGGAACGGUUGCAAGUAGAGAAAGAGAGACUUCGAAUUCAGAAGGAAGGACACUUGCAGUGAUUUAGCUAGGUCUCCAUGUAGUAAAUGUAAACCAUAGGCUUUCUCUAUAUCAGGUAAUAGUGAAAAUGGUUGCAGGAUUAGCAGAUUUCUUCCUGUCUAAUGUCAGUGUUUUCAAUAGGAAAAAGAUAGUUAUGUGUGGAUAACUGUAUGCUAAAAUAGUAUAUUAUAUAAAGAUAUGUGCCCUAGCAUAAACAGUAUAGCAGACACUAUUGCGCUGCACUCUUUAAAUUAGUAAUGUUACAUAGAGUGUUGUAUAAUCUGUGGACCCAGGCUUUACAACUAUGUCUAUGUAAAGUCAGCUCAGUGUUUCGGGGGUGAUUUGAGCACCGAGAAGACAUUGGGCAAUAUCUGGAGACAUGUUUAGUUGUCAAACUGGGAAGCGGGGAGUUGCUACUAGCAUGUAGUAGAUAAGAGGUCAAGGAUGGUCACACCAGCAAUGCACAGAACAGCCUUCCACAGUAAAGACGUACCCAACCCAAAUGUCAGUAUUGCUGAGGCUGAGAAACCCCAUCUUUGCCUGCCUGUGCACCUCUGUAGCUUUUUAUCGUGUCCAAAUAUUAAAAACCCAGAUGUUUAUAUGGGUAGUUACCUAAACGGCCAAAAACUUUACCUCUGAAUGUUACUGUGCAGCAUAUUGAAUAAAAGGAAUGAAGGUUUUAGCUGUUCUAGUCCCAUAUUUUCCAUCUAUACGUAAACUGAGAUUCAGAAAAUUACGGAAGUAGCUGAGAUUGUCUAAAAUGGGCCACUCAGAAAGCCGUUCAUUCAUCUAGCUAUUGAUGCUUCUGAAGCAACCUAAAAUUUUCGAGCUUUAAUUCUUUCUUUGAAUUCAUUGUCUUAGUUUAGAUACAAAAAUUGUCAUUUCAACCACUUACUGAAUCUUACGUGGGUGGUUGAAGCUAGAAAAAAAUGACACCAGUAUAAAAGUGUUAUCAGUAGUCUUAUGAACAUGAACGCAGUGAGUGAUUUUUUGAUUUUUAAAAAUAAAUACUAGAUAUGUAGGGAGUGGGGCUGG